GCGAGGUGGGGCUGGGGCAGGCACACACUGGUGCUUUUCAGGCUCAAAGCAGGAUGUGUGAAGGAUGUUGUCCAGAGAGGGGAAGAGCUAGGAGGAAGAGCACUCCCUCUGCACUUUCCCCAGGAAGAAGGACCAGGCGCUGCUGCUCUCCUGUGCGCUGGGUGUACAUCCCCAGUACCUGCGUCGGAGUGUCCUUGCAAGGCUGAAACGAACUGACGUGUGUAAACUUCUGAGAACAGAGCCUGGCCCAUAGUAAGCACCAGAGCUCUAGGUCGGGGCGUACCCUCCUGCCAUGGCCACCGCCACCGCCCUUCAGCCGCUCACCACCGAGGUCGCCAGUUCUGAGAACAGCAGCGUCUACUAUGACUAUGAAGACUACUUGGACCAGGUGGCCUUCAUGCUCUGCAGGAAGGACUCUGUGAUGUCCUUUGGCAAAGUCUUCCUGCCGAUCUUCUACAGCCUGGUCUUCGUGCUGGGCCUGAGUGGCAACCUGUUUCUUCUGGUGGUCUUGCUCCGGUAUGUGCCUCGCAGGCGGAUGACGGAGGUCUAUCUGCUGAACCUGGCCAUCUCCAACCUCCUGUUUGUGGUGACCCUGCCCUUCUGGAUCGUCUCCGUGGUCUGGCACUGGGUCUUCGGGGGCUUCAUGUGCAAGGCGGUGAGUGCUCUCUACAACAUCAACCUCUACAGCGGCAUCUUCUUCAUUAGCAGCCUGAGCUUGGACAAGUACCUGGAGAUCGUCCACGCUCAGCCCCACCACAGGCUGAGGACCCGGGCCAAGCGCUGGCUCCUGGUUGUCAUAGUGUGGGCUGUGGCCCUGGCUGUCUCCAUCCCUGACAUGGUCUUUGUGCAGAUGCAUGAAUUCCCCGCGGGUGUGUGGAGCUGCUACCCAGAUUUCGGGGGGCAUGGGACCUUCUGGAAGCUCUUCCUCCGCUUCCAGCAGAACAUCCUGGGGUUUUUCAUUCCACUCCUCACCAUGAUCUUCUUCUAUUCCCGCAUCGGUUCUGUCCUAGUCCGGCUGAAGCCCCCAGGCCAGGGCCGGGCUCUAAAGAUAGCUGUGGCCCUGGUGGUGGCCUUCUUCGUGCUGUGGUUCCCGUACAACCUCACCUUGUUCCUGCACUCGCUGAUGGACCUGAAAGUCUUUGGGAACUGCAAGGCCAGCCAGUACCUGGAUUACACAAUGCAGGUAACAGAGAGCAUCGCCUUCCUUCACUGCUGCUUCACCCCCAUCCUCUAUGCCUUCUUCAUCCAAGGCUUCUCCCAGUACCUGAAGGUUCUCCUGGCCGCCGUGUUUGGCCGGCACCAGGCAGCUUGCCCUGCCCAGGCCCCACUGUCCAGCUGUUGUGAGAGUAGCAGCCUCACUGUCCAAGAAGAAAUGACCAGCAUGGGUGACCUCAGGGGGAGGCGGGCUGAGGACGCCCCCGACAAGGGGGGCAUGGGAGAAAAUGAAGCCUAAGCAGCCAUGCCACAGUCUGGUGAGAGCAGAUGGGACCCAGUGCCGUUGAGCUUCAGAGACCCUCGAAGGGCUUCAGAGACCAUGUUGCUAAACCAGCCGUCAGUUCUCAGUUUUCAACCCUCGGCAGUAUCCGCUCGCUCCUUCCGGGAUGUCAUCCUCCCUGAACUGCUGCAACGGUUGCCCAGCUGACUUCUCUUUCCCGCCGUCACCUUCUCCUGUCAUCUGACCUGCACCCAACAGCCGGAGUGACCGCAGCUCCCUCAGCCUGCACUCCGGUCUCCCGAGGCCCACCCCGCCCCCUGGGCUGCUCUAGUUCAGCUGGGGGAAGACUGUUGUGUUGUUUAAUGUCGCAGCCUUGGUGGUGGCUCCAGGGUCCAGCAGUUAGGACACGCUGGAGAUGCAGCAGCUGGGGAGCUGCCCGGGGGGGAAGGGCACCCACGGCUCUGCCCGGGAGCAGGGCUGCCCACCCUCCACCUGUGAAGCGUGCUGAGUGUUCAUGGCACUUGCUGCCUAGGAAAACAUCUGUUUCUACACUGGCAUGUCAUCCCUGAUUGCUGUGUCGUUAGCUGUCCUCGCAGAAUACACAGAGUGGACUUUUCUUCGAGGGAGAAAGAAACUGGGGCAGAAGUGAGGAAAUGGGGACAGAACAGCGGGGUCAGGACAGGGAGUGGCUGCAUGCAUCCCUGGGGGUCUCAGUCUCCCCGCUGCCUCGAGGCCUCUGCCAGGGAGGGACGGUGGCCCUUGUAGAGGGUGUCUCCAGCAGGCCCCAGAGAACCACAGGUGCCAGGGCCCUACCCCGCCGGUAGGUGCCAGCGGCGGGUACUGGCCUCUACGUGCUCACCCUGGGUCCGGGUGCUCACUGCUUCCUGGCAGACCUGCUGUGACGGUGGACACCCUGGGCUGCGGGAUGGAACCCUGUUCACACCGACCCACCGCGCCUUCCCUCGGUCCCCCGCAUACCCUCAAGUAGGUCACAGGAGCCAUGAAGUUCGCUCUUGGUUGAGACUCUUGGCCCUGACUCUGGAAUUGGGCCUCACCCCUUCCCCAGCCUGUCCACAUUCCUUUGGGUGUGGGGC